GAUCUAGUCCACCCUCUCUUGGCACUUGGCAUUCUCAUCACUCAAACAACUACAUUCAUUACAACAUUUUCACAGCUUCAUUCACCGUUUGCAGGUCAAAUCAAACGUUUUAUCCUUCUUUGUCACAUAUCUCUAUCUACAACACAAGAGACUUAUUCCAAAAUGAAGCUGUCUUCUUUCCUCUACACCGCCUCGCUGGUCGCGGCCAUUCCCACCGCCAUCGAGCCCCGCCAGGCCGCCGACAGCAUCAACAAGCUGAUCAAGAACAAGGGCAAGCUCUACUACGGAACCAUCACCGACCCCAACCUGCUCGGCGUCGCAAAGGACACCGCCGUCAUCAAGGCCGACUUUGGCGCCGUCACCCCCGAGAACUCGGGCAAGUGGGACGCCACCGAGCCCAGCCAGGGCAACUUCAACUUCGGUAGCUUCGACCAGGUCGUCAACUUUGCUCAGCAGAAUGGCCUCAAGGUCCGAGGUCACACUCUGGUCUGGCACUCUCAGCUCCCUCAGUGGGUUAAGAACAUCAACGACAAGGCUACUCUGACCAAGGUCAUUGAGAACCACGUCACCCAAGUCGUUGGACGCUACAAGGGCAAGAUCUACGCCUGGGACGUUGUCAACGAGAUCUUCGACUGGGACGGUACCCUCCGAAAGGAUUCUCACUUCAACAACGUCUUCGGCAACGAUGACUACGUUGGCAUUGCCUUCCGCGCCGCCCGCAAGGCUGACCCCAACGCCAAGCUGUACAUCAACGACUACAGCCUCGACUCCGCCAGCGCCUCCAAGGUCACCAAGGGCAUGGUCCCCUCCGUCAAGAAGUGGCUCAGCCAGGGCGUUCCCGUCGACGGCAUUGGCUCCCAGUCUCACCUUGACCCCGGUGCCGCUGGCCAAGUCCAGGGUGCUCUCACUGCCCUCGCCAACUCUGGUGUCAAGGAGGUUGCCAUCACCGAGCUCGACAUCCGCACUGCCCCCGCCAACGACUACGCCACCGUCACCAAGGCCUGCCUAAACGUCCCCAAGUGCAUUGGUAUCACCGUCUGGGGUGUCUCUGACAAGAACUCUUGGCGCAAGGAGCACGACAGCCUUCUGUUCGACUCCAACUACAACCCCAAGCCUGCUUACACUGCUGUUGUCAACGCUCUCCGCUAAAUGUGGCUUGCGUGACAGGAUCAGAUCUCUGGUCUUGAGGGGGAGCAUCGUUGCAGUUGCUUUUGGUCAUCACCGUAUUCUUCUUUUAUAACUCUGUAUAUAGUUGUUUGUUUGUACAAAAUCUCGUCAAAAUGGUAACUGCUUGGUCGGUUGUUGGAAGAUAGCUGGGCUAGUAGUCAAUACAUAUC